AUGACUUCAACGCCCAAUGAUUCGUUCAAUACCAGCGACCACUUAAUGGACUUGUCCGUUAAAACCUUCUGGGUGAUUGUCCAUUAUCCCUACAGCGAUCCCGAAUGUGAGUACGAAAUAGUUAGCAAAAAGGAUGUGGUUUUCGAUUCAUGGGAGGUUCUGGAGAGAGGCGCCGAGGUUACGGUCAAAUAUGGAAACGCUAAAGUGCAGGGCAACGUGGUCGCGGUUUCAGACGACUACAGUGGGCUUUCUGCCAAUUUCGACGAUUACGUUCAAGAGUACAAAGAAAUAAAGUUCGAGAAGAGUAGAAAUUCGUUCUGUGAAAAGCGCGGAAAUAGGAACAGCUUUCGACAUGUAAUUAAAAUAGCAGACAAGGAAACUCAGACCGACGAGGACACGGAAACUGGAAAUAUUGAAUACGAGGCAUUAAAGCGACAAUACGAAGAACUACAGAAUAAAUAUAACGACCUGAAGGCGGCAGUCACAGAGGUUAGAACUGAAUUGCAAGGCACCGUUUUAAAACUCGGCGUAUUAAAAAGCGAAGAAAAGGAAACGUUCAUCCACAAGACGACCCUUCAGCCCGUAAAUGAUAACGCUUCAGGUUACAAUAAAGAAAACAGCAAGCAAAUGUUUCAGGUGCAAAUCGGUUCAGGUGGUACUAAAAUACCCCGCCAGGUAUACAAUUCUAUUACAUGGACGAGUUACUCUUCGGCUACGAGAAAAUUACUGAUUACCCUUUUUCCUCGUAGUGUUCUUGCUACCCACUCUCUGACCGGGAAACCCAGCCCUGCGUUUAUUUCGAGCAAUAAACAAACCAAAAUGAGGUUGAACCCCACAAUUAUUUCUGACAUUAUAGAAGUUAUCACGAAAAAGUGUCUCGUUUCGGAGUCGUUAGUCAGGAAUGCAAUUACCACCAAAUGUGCAGACGAAAAUAAAAUGUACAAGAAGAGACUGGAAAAAAGGAAGGACGAUAAGGCGGCGAAUGACGAAAACGACGCAAAGAAAAUUCGGUUAGCGGAAUGA